UCUUCUCCGCUCUGCCAACAACAUCAUCACCCCAUCAUUCCAUUCCCUCUCCCUUUGCCACCCCCACUCAUUCCCAUUUCCCAACUCCCCCGCCGGCGAUGGGUUGCUACCCCUCCGCCCACAAGCACCGGGUGAACCCCAACCCCCCGUAUCAUCCGCCGUCGCAGCCCCCAGCUGAGGGAACAAUGCCCUUCCGCCAGUACACACUUGCGGAGCUAAUGGCGGCGACGCAUGGAUUCGCCGGCCGGUACAUGAUCUCAAAAGGCGGCGAUGAGUACCUCCCGAACUUCGCCUACAGGGGUCGCCUUCAUGGCGGCCAACAGAUCGCCGUCAAGAGGUUUUCAAAGGACGCCUGGCCUGAUGAAGAGCAGUUCAGGGAUGAGGCGAUUAGAGCAGGGAAGGUUGAGACACAGGCGGCUUGCGAGAUUGAUUGGGUACUGUUGCGAGGGGGCUGAGAGGCUUCUUGUGGCCGAGUUCAUGCCCAAUAAUUCACUCGCACGGCAUCUUUUCAAUGUUAAAACUAAGACUAUGGAGCGGUCUAAGUGCUUGAGAGUCGCAUGCUAUAUAGCAGAAGCUUUGGAAUAUUGCAUCAAAGAACAUGCUCUGUAUUAUGAUCUGAAUCCACAUAAAGUUCUCUUUGAUGAGGUUGGUAAUCCUUGUCUUUCUUGUUUUGGUCUCGUGAAAAACCACAGGGAUGAAAGAUGUUUCCACACUAACAUUGCUUACACACCUCCGGGGUGCUUAUAUGGAAUGGCCAGUGCUAAAAGCAUGGUAUUCAGCUUUGGCAUUCUGCUACGAGAUUUACUGAGCGGAAAGCAAAUCUCAGAUGAACAAGCAAUGGAUGCAAUAUUGGGUACAAGAAUCCCUAUCGUUCUGGAUUCUCGUUUGUGGGGUAAAUGUUCCGCUGAAGGGGCCACUGCUUUGGUGAAACUUGCUUAUGACUGUUUGCAAUAUAAACCUAUUGACCGACCCUCCAUAAAAUAUGUUAUUGCAACCCUUGCACAAAUUCAAAGCAAUUCUGUGGGACCAUCUAAUCCAAUGCCAAAGACUGGAGCAAGAUAAAACCACACCAUUGAGCGUGGGAGACUCAGAAGCAAGUUAAAUUCUCACCUAGAGGAGGCACUUGACUGUUCUCCACACAAGGUGUGCAUCAUCACGUUGUUCCACAUUUGCCAAAAGCCAAAAAUUGGAGUGAACUUUUGCAUCAGAAACGCCUAUAUAUUACUACAUUGAUUGGUUGGUGUACAUUGAUAAGUGCGAAUAUUAUUUGUUGGUGUGUAUGGAUAAGUGUGAAUAUUCUUUGUUGGCGUAUAUAGAUACGUGUGAAUAAGAAUAUUAAAUU